AGUUUCAAAUAAAAAAUCUAAGCCAUGUCCCCUCGCUCAGCUCGUGGCGGGAAGGAUUUUUUCCGUCGCCAGAGCAUGAGCUAUCUGGAUACGAUCAUUGAGAAGCUGUUGUCGGACGGCGGAAAUCCGCGUGCCAAUGAGCUAACUGAGAAAGAGCUAACGAACAUAUCCUCGUCGGCCCGAGAAGUGUUUCUGUCACAGCCCAUGCUGCUGGAGCUGAAUGCGCCGGUGAAUAUUUGCGGGGACAUACACGGGCAGUUCAAGGACCUGGUGAGGAUGUUCAAGAAGUGUGGCUUUCCGCCCAGCUCGAACUACCUGUUUCUCGGGGACUAUGUGGACCGGGGCCAGCAUUCAGUCAAGACGCUCGCCUUGCUGCUGGCCUACAAGCUGCGAUACCCGGAAAACUUCUUCAUGCUGCGGGGCAACCACGAGUCGGCGGAGCUCAACCAUGUCUACGGCUUCUUCGAUGAGUGCAGGACGCGAUACAGCGUCAUGUUGUGGCGCUCGUUUGUCGACUGCUACACCUGCAUGCCGGUGUCCGCCAUUGUGCAGGACAAGAUCUUCUGCGUGCAUGGGGGCCUCAGUCCAGAUCUUCAUACCCUCGACGACAUUCGGCGGCUGAAACGACCCACUGGUGUGCCCAGUGCCGGUCUGCUCUGCGACCUGCUCUGGGCCGAUCCGGACCCCAACACCGAGGGUUGGGGCUGGAACGAGCGAGGCGUUAGUGUCACCUUUGGCCGAUCUAUUGUGGAACGCUUCCUGAGGCAGAACAACUUCAACCUGAUUGCCCGAGCCCAUCAGGUCGUUGCGGAUGGCUAUGAGUUCUUUGCCAAUCGCCAGCUGGUGACCAUCUUCUCGGCUCCCAAUUAUUGCAACGUCUACGACAACUGCGCUGCCGUUCUGGUUGUGAACUACGAUUUGCUCUGUCACUUCACGAUCAUUCGACCAGAGAAUCCGCUACCUUUGAUUGCAAUGAAAAGAAAGAAAGUCGAAAGCUCCCGAGCACUGCCAGUGGGGCGGGACUCUUAAGAUUAUUUGGGAUUUUUCUA